UGCACCAUGAAAGCUGGCGGGCGACGUCUUUACGUCACAUCCCGGAAACAAUGCGGGGUGCGCUUGGUUUGACACACUCCGACACCCCUCUGGGGUGGAGUUUCUCGCUUGAGGCGACGUUUUGCACUCACAACUCAUAAACGCCGCCAAUUCGCCACACGCCGAGGGAGGAUAGAAGCGGCUGCUGCGCUUGUUGUUGUCUCCUGGAAGGCGGGAGGAUGAGAAGCAGAAUUUAACGACAGUAGUGUGCUAAGUUUGUUUACAGCGGUUGAACAGCAUAAUAAAAAACAACGCUGAAGAAAACAAAACUCACCGGAAACGUAUUCUCAACAACAAUCCACAAACAGUUUUGUCUACGUAUGUUAUUACUUCCGCAUCCGUUUUGAAACUUUGUCCUCUUACCUUUUGGUCUGCUGCCCUCCUAAACAUAGCUGACUGAUUCAGUGGAAUGGCGACGAGAAAACCCAAGGAAGCCGAUGCCAACCUCCCCUUUGCUGCACUCCAGCUCCUGGCCCCGCCUGUGCGUCUGGUGUCUGCAGCUGUCUGGAAAGUGCUGAAGAAGAGGGAUGUGAUGCAGUACGGGGUCGUGGAGGAGUUUGUGACGUCGGCCUGUGAGUCUGUGCCCGGCCUGCUCACCACCAGACACCAGGGCAAGCUGGCCCUGGGCCUGAGGGGACGGCUGAUCUUGGAGCUGUGCCGUAGUCAGGCUGAUGUUAAGGCGAUUGAGACACAUCUGGAGAGGAUCCGCGCUCCUGCUUCCCCUUCGUCGUCGUCGGCCACUACGGCGAGGACAGACGUCAAAAUUGUCAGAGCAGUAGAAAACUUCCGUUCUGUGAUUCACGCCUUGCUAACAGAACCGUCGGAGAAAGAAUACUUCUUCAAGGAAGUAUUUCCCGUGGAUUACGGCCCAAAGUUUGACGAGGAGCUGGAGAAGCUGCUGUGGGAGUUUUUGAUUCGACUGGAUCAGUUGCUCCCGGUUCCCAACCUGACUCGGACUGUGUCCUGGCUCUGUGAAGCCCCCACCGUCCUGGAGGAGUGUACGCGUGCAGCCACCCAACCCCAGCUGCUUGACAUUUUACUUGAACACCAAGCCUGUCUAGGCCAUCUGGAAUCAGCAGCAUCUCUACCUCCAAACAUGGGAGACUCCAUCCUGGCUUCACUUUCUCUGCCUCCCUCUGGAAGAGUGUCCUCAAAUAACCCAACGGGUGGCGCACAACCGCAAGACAAGACGCCAUUCAUUAAACCUGUUAUUGGACUCAUAUCUAAUGCAGAUGUACCGGUCAUGAACCCUGCCAGCAAAAGGACACCGCAGAGUGGGGAGCCUGCCAAUUUAAAAGACUCACCGCAUAAGCAACCGGACCCAAAGCUGAACUCGAAAUCCACUAAACCCAAAGACGAUGAAGGAAAAGAUGGCGAGGAAGAGAAGAACGCGUCGGUUCGAAGCACAAGAAUGAAACGCAAGCACCCCGACAAAAGAGACAGUGAAUCCGAUGACGAGGGAGAAGACGUUGUAGGCGCGACCAGAUGUCAGAAAAUGAGGCUUCCCGGGAGCAGGCAGAGGAAAGGUGAUCAGAAAGUAGACAAGGGCAAAGGAGGCGGGUUAAAAACUGUCAGAAAUGAGUGUAAAAAAGAAGAACUGUCAACGUACAUGACCCUGGUGGGCGUCAAAACACUACCUGAAGAUCCCUCCAUUCGAUCCAUCGUUGCCUCCUGUCUGAGGAACCAGCCCAGAGUUAUUAUCAAAAACCUGUCAGCGGCUUCUGUCAGUGCAAGCAUGUGUGGCACAGGAGGAAAAUCCGCAUAUAGGGAACAGCCGAGCCAGAGGAGGAAGUCGCCCGUUAAAGCCGCAACUCAUAAGCAAACGAGCAGCCGUCCAACGCCCGACGCAGAGCUUCCCGGCUUGGACGAUAAAGAAAACCAUCCUGUGUCACCCAGUGUGAGCACCUCUUCCUCUCAGCAGUGGCAUAAUGCAGAGACGACGGCACUAACGGGAGGGGAUGACGACUACGUAGCAGAUUCUGAGGAUGAGGCGACGAAGAACUUCAAAGGCAGACUGUUCAUGAAGCGCUACUGCAAGACUAAACACGGCACAUUCGUUCCCACUCUCAGGGAGUUCUUGAAACCCGGGAUGCCCCGAGGCCACUUGUUGUCUGCUGGCAGUAAACACAGGUGAUGAGAUGGACUUCCACCGCCUCAUCUGCUUAUGAGAAACCAAUAUCAUAAAAAACGUUUAUUGUUUUUUUUGUUGUUUUUUUUUUCAUCAGUUGUAUCGACAGAAAACUUUAAAACUGUCCUAAAUGCACCAGCCUGUGAAGCAGAUAGACAUUUAUAGAAAUCUUGUAUUUUAUUUUGAACUGUAGCAGAAUCAUUUAAACUUGAACAGGUGGUUCGUCAUCAUUGAAAAACCCAGAAGUGGAAAUGCCACUGAUUAUGGGCACUUUUUUUAUGCAAUUAUGUGUUUUUAAAUUGUUAUAUGUUGCUUUUUAGUUUUUUUUUAUAGAGAUACCAAAUUAUCUCUGUUAAGCAUAAAGUAACUUGUAUAAGUAUUUUAAUGUUAUAUUUUCAGCUAAUAAAGUUUUUGAGUCCUA